UGGUCACAUGACAUCACUACAGCUCACGAUAACUAACCAAUCACACGCUUGGCGCUGGAGUAUAAAUAAGACGUCAUUUCCUCCCAGCGCCCUCUUUUUCACCGUGUGGUCAGAUUUCCAUACGGCGUUGUUUCGUGCUCUCCCAUAACUCGUAACGCAGGGAAAGCGGUCACGAUGUCCGGAGGUCUAGAUGUCCUUCAAAUGAAGGAGGAGGAUGUGCUCAAGUUCCUGGCUGCAGGAACCCAUCUGGGAGGCACCAACCUGGACUUCCAGAUGGAGCACUACGUCUACAAAAGAAAAAGCGACGGUGUGUACAUCAUCAACCUGAAGAAGACCUGGGAGAAGCUGCUGCUGGCAGCCAGGGCCAUUGUUGCCAUUGAGAAUCCUGCUGAUGUUUGUGUCAUCUCCUCCAGGAACACUGGUCAGAGAGCGGUGCUGAAGUUUGCUGCUGCCACCGGUGCCACCACCUUCCACGGUCGUUUCACCCCUGGUACGUUCACCAAUCAGAUCCAGGCAGCUUUCAGGGAGCCCCGCCUCCUGAUUGUGACGGACCCUCGUGCUGACCAUCAGCCACUGACUGAAGCUUCCUACGUCAACAUCCCCACCAUUGCCCUGUGCAACACCGACUCCCCGCUCAGAUACGUUGACAUUUCCAUCCCGUGCAACAACAAGGGUAACCACUCUGUGGGUCUGAUGUGGUGGAUGUUGGCCAGGGAGGUUCUCAGGAUGAGGGGCACCAUCUCCAGGGAGCACCCGUGGGAGGUGAUGCCUGAUCUGUACUUCUACAGAGACCCUGAGGAGAUUGAGAAGGAGGAGCAGGCGGCAGCUGAGAAGGCAGUGGUGAAGGAGGAGUUCCAGGGUGAGUGGAGCGCCCCCACUGCUGAGUUCACUCAGCCAGAGGUGGCUGACUGGUCCGAGGGCGUCGCCGUUCCCUCUGUGCCCAUCCAGCAGUUCCCUGCCCCUGCUGCUGCUGCUGCCCCCGUCAAGACAGAGGUGUUCACAGAGGACUGGAGCACUCAGCCGGCCACGGACGACUGGUCCACUGCCCCAACUGCCCAGGCCUCAGACUGGGGCGGUGCAGCUUCUGACUGGUCUUAAAUGAUUCUCAUUGUCAACAAUAAAAGUGUUUUUUACACUUGA